AUGAAGCCUGAUUUACGGUUUUAUCUGAUAUUUAUUUUAAUUGGUAAAGGAAAUUCAGAGCGCAAUUCUAACUCAAUAAAUUUUCGAGACAGCUUAAAUUAUCGCUUUACAAGCACUUCAGAAAGUGCUGCUGAAUCUGAAGAAUUUACAAGUAAAAGCUUACAUAUCGAAACAACAUCAAAUCAUUCAAAAACUGCUCGUGUUUUUAGUGAUAAUCAGAAAUUAAAGUCUAGUGAAUCCAAGCUUCUUGUUCAACGUUCCUUGCCUACAGCUUCUGAUUUUUCGAUUGUAAAAGAUCCAAUCAACCCAUCGACAAUGCUUAAUGUUAUUCUGCCAAGCUCUCCGACUCAUUUUGAGCAGUUUAUUGCAAAAGUUGUUGACAUUUCACCAGUCACAGAUACAACAGAGCUUGAUAUCAAUAAAACAUUUGUUGCCAACCCAUCAAAUUUUAGCACUAUCAAUAUUCAUGGUCUUCAUGCUGGUCAUCAGUACAGCAUUUCUGUGCUGGGAAGACAAAAAGGUGAAUCAGAAAUGAUCAAAGAAGAAAGAGUAAUAAUGAAUCCUGUAGCACCCAACUUCAGCUCAUCAAAUGCAUCAGUUCUUAUCUAUCAUACUAAUAUUACCCUUCGAGCAUUAAAACCCCAAAGAGCUUUGCAGGACAGUUUUCAAAUUGCAUACGUACAGCUUGAUCCACUAAGAUAUUUUCCAAAACUUGAAAUAAAUGACAUUCCCGAACAGAACCACAUCGAAAUUUAUCUUGGAAACUUACUUCCUGGGCGAAAUUAUAACGUUUCUGUUACUCCACAAAUAAUGGAUGUUGAAGGUCAACCCUGGAAAGAUCUUCUAACAACGAAGCCAUAUUCUCCAGAAAAUCUGACAGUGACAGAAAUGAAUACCACUUGUUUGAAACUUUCAUGGUUUUUAACAUCACGCACAGGAGCUGAUUUCAUUGUUAUUAGUUACAGAGCCACCAAAAUCACCAAUCCAUUGACAACGAUAAAAGUGCCUCGUAACCAAACAUCAGUUGAAGUCUGUAAUAAAUUACAACCUGGACGGACAUAUCUGUUUGUUGCAAAAACAGUAAAAAGUAAAACAGAAUCAGAAGCUGUCCAAAUUCUAUACACGGUGAAGCCGAAAACACCUAAAAAUUUAAAAAUUUUAACAGAUUAUGAAAAGAGAAAGUUCAGAUUAUCUAUAGAUAUAGCACCUGAAUCUGAGAGUCACACAGAAAAAUGUUUUGUGAGUUUAGUAAACGAGAAGUUAGAUGUGAUUGAAAGGAUAUCAGACGUUAAUCACGCAACAAGCAACUCAUCUGAAAGACAAUGCUCACUUUACGUAGAUUUGCGACCUGGACGACGCUAUGAAGUUUCUGCAAAAACAAUCAGUGAGAAUACGUCAAGUAAUAUCAUUUCAAAAAGUUUCGCUUUACAACCAGCCUUUGAUAUGAAAUCAUUUGGAUUACAGUUAUCGGAAACCAAUGGUACUUUAAUGUUAAAGUGGCCUGCAGCGGAAAUGACACUGGCUCGGUUAGAUGAUGUUUGGGAAAAUAUUGUUGGUCCUGAUAGUACGCUGCAUUUACGUGUUGAACCACAAAGUAAAUCAAGCACUAGCACGUGGCAAGAACAACCCAAACGUUUUGAACGUCGGCAGUAUGAACAUGAUCCAUUAAUUGUACCGAAACUGAAACGUGGUGCUUGCUACAAGGCAAAUUUAAUUUCUUUUUUAUCACCAUUGCUGAUUUAUUAUUAUACUUUUCUUUCAAAUUUUCUCAUGGGAGUGCAGAUUUAUACAGUGACAAAAAGUGGUAUUGCAAGUGAAGAAAAAUAUGAACAAAUUUUUCGUAUUAGUGCACCAUUUAUAAAUAUUACGAGGGAAGAAGUUGCAAAAAGUACAGCGACAUUUCGGGUUGUUCUCGAAUCACCAAUUAUUUCUGAUCCACCGGAGUGUAAUUUGCAUAUUGUAGUGGUAGAUAUGCGAAACAUGACUAUUUAUGACCGUAUCACACCAUUAAUACCAGAAAUAUCCCCCAUCGUUUUAGAAGGACUACGACCUUAUCAUCGUUAUACUAUUAACUCCCAGAUCAUGUGCGGCAAACCUAAUGACAAGAUAUGUCUCGCAAAGCUUCAGACAAUGGACCCUAUAACGUUUGAUACUCGUCAAGAUCGGCCUGGACCAAUUCAAAAUUUGACUGUUCGUAUUCUCAAUCCAUAUAGCGUCCAGUUAUUUUGGCUACCACCAGCUUUACCGAACGGAAUCAUAACUCAUUACAUCAUUGACAUUCAUCCUAUGGAAGACGAACGAGAAAACGAUUGGUCAGUUAGUGUUGGUGUCGGAGCACAUCAGCCAUCAACAUCUUUACACGGCAAUAAUUACAAUCAUAAUAACGUCGUGCAACAGCCAGUUAAAGCUAUUGUUGAUAAUUUAAUUGGCGGUAUGAGAUAUCGGAUGGAUGUUCGAGCAGUCACAGAAGCUGGUGAAGGUGACUUGAGUGCUGCAUCUGAUGCCGUGCACGCUGAAAUGCCUAUAUUACCUCCACCACUUCCUUCCUCACGUGUUGAAAUAGUGCACAAUACAAUCCAUAGUACUGAUUUGGAAAUUCGGUACAGCACAGCAAUGUUCAAUACAAAACAUGGAUAUCUGAAAAAGUCUGCUCUUAUUGUUGCUGAAGUUGGCGAUAGCAAGAAAAACGUCGAUUCAAUCACGGAUCAGCAAAAUAAAACAUUUACAUGGGGUCAAGCUCAAAGAUUCGAUGUUUGGCCAGCAUAUGUUGCCAUUGAAACAGCAAUUGAACCACUUCGGAAAUUUUUCCCACCUCGUUUUGUUUCUGAAAUAAUAGGUGCAGAUAACACAUGCGCUGAGACUGAGCAUGAUGCUAUUUGCAAUGGACCGCUGAAGUCAUCAACAUCAUAUCGUUUCAAAUUGCGAUUAUAUACAGCACCAAAUUUGUGGACCGACUCAGAGUAUUCCGAAACCGUCACAACAAGUUAG